CAACAAGAGGUACAGCACUUUUAUUUUGCUGCGCUUUUUACCACAAAUUACUGUGGUUUAACUAACAUCAUAGGGAAAUGCCCUCAGAAUGGAUCAUCAUUGUACCCAAUUUUAGAGGGUCCCCUUAAACAAGAUGGCAACCCCCGGCGCGUUAACAAGGUGCUUGAAGCAGCAACGAUGUAACCUGUUGCUUGGACACCGGGCGGUAGUGGGAGGACCCACCACUGAGUUGAGAACCGAUUUUCAACCAGUCACUCCCUUCUCAAAGAUGGCCGACCUCACUUCCCUCACGCAACAUAGACGUUUCCAGUCACUUCCUGUGAAUUUGAGGUUACUCUGAUCCAAGACUACUGGCGAGACCAAAGUCAAGAUGGCAGCUACAUGCUUUCAGAAUUAAAGGUUAGUGAAGCCAUCUAUUUCCCCUACCCUCUUCAGUGAAAAUGGUCUUUCGCAUCUGGCUGUUCUUUCUGGAGGCGUGGUUGCCAGCAGUCAAAAUGGCUCCUUUCUGGAAUAGAUUUAAUAGGAAGUGAAGCUAUGACGGCGAGGCGUUGCCCAGCCUAUCUUUGGUAGGCGUUGUCAGAGUUCGUUCUUUCUGCCCACACUAGACAUGGCGCUGGCCAGCGUGUUGAAGAGACCGCUACCGGUGAACCAGCCCGGGUUUUUCGGGCUCGGGGGUCGUGCAGAUCUGUUGGAUCUGGGUCCAGGGAAUCCCAGUGAUGGGCUGACACUGGCCGUGCCAGGCUGGGGUGUCCCAGAGGAGCCAGGAAUCGAAAUGCUUCAUGGAACAACCACCCUGGCCUUCAAGUUCCGCCAUGGAGUCAUAGUUGCGGCCGACUCCAGGGCUACAGCAGGUGCUUACAUUGCCUCCCAGACGGUGAAGAAGGUGAUAGAGAUCAACCCAUACCUGCUGGGCACCAUGGCUGGGGGCGCAGCAGAUUGCAGCUUCUGGGAACGGCUGUUGGCUCGGCAAUGUCGAAUCUAUGAGCUUCGCAAUAAGGAACGCAUCUCUGUAGCAGCUGCCUCCAAGCUGCUUGCCAACAUGGUGUAUCAGUACAAAGGCAUGGGGCUGUCCAUGGGCACCAUGAUCUGUGGCUGGGAUAAGAGAGGCCCUGGCCUCUACUACGUGGACAGUGAAGGGAACCGGAUCUCAGGGGCCACCUUCUCUGUAGGUUCUGGCUCUGUGUAUGCAUAUGGGGUCAUGGAUCGGGGCUAUUCCUAUGACCUGGAAGUGGAGGAGGCCUAUGAUUUGGCCCGUCGAGCCAUCUAUCAAGCCACCUACAGAGAUGCCUACUCAGGAGGUGCCGUCAACCUCUACCAUGUGCGGGAGGAUGGCUGGAUCCGAGUCUCCAGUGACAAUGUAGCUGAUCUGCAUGAGAAGUAUAGUGGCUCUAUCCCCUGAAAGAGGGUGGAUGCAGCUGCUUGUGUUUCUUGGGGUGACUGUCAUUAGUAAUAAAGAUACAGUGACCCAUCCUCCAUCCUAUUUAUAGUGGAAGGGUCUUCAAUUGUAUCAACACUUUUUAAGCUCUGGCACAUUGACCUCUAUGUGUUACCAGUUGUUAAUGGGCUGCUGCAGAGGUGACUAUUUGUUUUACUUUCUUGGAUGUUAACAUUACUCACUUCUCAACCUCA